CAUGCGCGCGGUCGCCUCCUCCUCGGGAGUUUGGGGCGUUUCGGUCGCGGACUGUGGCCGGGCCGCGGAGCGUCGGGGCAGGAGGAGGGAGCCCGGAGGCCGGGAAUGGAGUUGGUGUCAUUUGAAGACAUAGCUGUGGACUUCACCUGGCAAGAGUGGCAGGACCUGGACGUUGUUCAGCGAAACCUCUACAGGGAUGUGAUGCUGGAGAACUACACCAGCCUGAUGUCCUUGGGGAACUGUAUUACCAAACCUGAUUUGAUCUUUAAGUUGGAGCAUGGACUUGCACCAUGGAUGGCUGGAGGCCUUGCCCAUCAGAAAACUCACCCUGGUGCAAAGCCUUAUGAAUGUACUGUAUGUAGUAAAGCUUUCAUCCGCAACUCACAGCUCACUGUGCAUCAGAGAACUCACACCGGUGAGAAGCCAUAUGAGUGUAAUGAAUGUGGUAAAGCUUUCAUCUUCAAGUCAGACCUCACUGUGCAUCAGAGAAUUCACACAGGUGAAAAGCCACAUGAAUGUACUGCAUGUGGUAAAGCUUUCAUCUCCAAGUCACAUCUCGCUGUGCAUCAGAGAAUUCACACAGGUGAAAAGCCAUAUGAAUGUACUGCAUGUGAAAAAGCUUUCAUUACCAAAUCAGAUCUUAAUAAGCAUCAGAAAACUCACACUGGUGCAAAGCCUUAUGAAUGUACUGUAUGUAGUAAAGCUUUCAUCUGCAAGUCACAGCUCACUGUGCAUCAGAGAACUCACACCGGUGAGAAGCCAUAUGAGUGUAAUGAAUGUGGUAAAGCUUUCAUCUUCAAGUCAGACCUCACUGUGCAUCAGAGAACUCACACAGGUGAAAAGCCAUAUGAAUGUACUGCAUGUGGUAAAGCCUUCAUCUCCAAGUCACAUCUCGCUAUGCAUCAGAGAACUCACACAGGUGAAAAGCCACAUGAAUGUACUGCAUGUGGUAAAGCUUUCAUCUCCAAGUCACAUCUCGCUGUGCAUCAGAGAACUCACACAGGUGAAAAGCCAUAUGAAUGUACUGCAUGUGAAAAAGCUUUCAUUACCAAAUCAGAUCUUAAUAAGCAUCAGAAAACUCACACUGGUGCAAAGCCUUAUGAAUGUACUGUAUGUAGUAAAGCUUUCAUCCGCAACUCACAGCUCACUGUGCAUCAGAGAACUCACACCGGUGAGAAGCCAUAUGAGUGUAAUGAAUGUGGUAAAGCUUUCAUCUUCAAUUCACAGCUCACUGUGCAUCAGAGAAUUCACACAGGUGAAAAGCCAUAUGAAUGUACUGCAUGUGGUAAAGCUUUCAUCUCCAAGUCACAUCUCGCUAUGCAUCAGAGAACUCACACAGGUGAAAAGCCACAUGAAUGUACUGCAUGUGGUAAAGCUUUCAUCUCCAAGUCACAUCUCGCUGUGCAUCAGAGAAUUCACACAGGUGAAAAGCCAUAUGAAUGUACUGCAUGUGAAAAAGCUUUCAUUACCAAAUCAGAUCUUAAUAAGCAUCAGAAAACUCACACUGGUGCAAAGCCUUAUGAAUGUACUGUAUGUAGUAAAGCUUUCAUCUGCAAGUCACAGCUCACUGUGCAUCAGAGAACUCACACCGGUGAGAAGCCAUAUGAAUGUAAUGAAUGUGGUAAAGCUUUCAUCUUCAAGUCAGACCUCACUGUGCAUCAGAGAACUCACACAGGUGAAAAGCCAUAUGAAUGUACUGCAUGUGGUAAAGCCUUCAUCUCCAAGUCACAUCUCGCUAUGCAUCAGAGAACUCACACAGGUGAAAAGCCACAUGAAUGUACUGCAUGUGGUAAAGCUUUCAUCUCCAAGUCACAUCUCGCUGUGCAUCAGAGAACUCACACAGGUGAAAAGCCAUAUGAAUGUACUGCAUGUGAAAAAGCUUUCAUUACCAAAGCAGAUUUUAAUAAGCAUCAGAAAACUCACAUUGGUGCAAAGCCUUAUGAAUGUACUGUAUGUAGUAAAGCUUUCAUCUGGAAGUCACAGCUCACUGUGCAUCAGAGAACUCACACCGGUGAGAAGCCAUAUGAAUGUAAAGAAUGUGGUAAAGCUUUCAUCUGGAAGUCACAUCUCGCUGUGCAUCAGAGAAUUCACACAGGUGAAAAGCCAUAUGAAUGUACUGCAUGUGAAAAAGCUUUCAUUACCAAAUCAGAUCUUAAUAAGCAUCAGAAAACUCACACUGGUGCAAAGCCUUAUGAAUGUACUCUAUGUAGUAAAGUUUUCAUCUGCAAGUCACAGCUCACUGUGCAUCAGAGAACUCACACCGGUGAGAAGCCAUAUGAAUGUAAUGAAUGUGGUAAAGCUUUCAUCUUCAAUUCACAGCUCACUGUGCAUCAGAGAAUUCACACAGGUGAAAAGCCAUAUCAAUGUACUCUAUGUGGUAAAGCUUACAUCUGCAAGUCACGUCUCACUGCGCAUCAGAGAACUCACACAGGUGAAAAGCCACAUGAAUGUACUGCAUGUGGUAAAGCUUUAAUCUCCAAGUCACAGCUCACUAGGCAUCAGAGAACUCACACAGGUGAAAAGCCAUAUGAAUGUACUGCAUGUGAAAAAGCUUUCAUUACCAAAUCAGAUCUUAAUAAGCAUAGGAAAACUCACACUGGUGGAAAGCCUUAUGAAUGUACUCUAUGUGGAAAAGCUUUUACAUGCACGUCAAACCUCAAUAUGCAUCAGAGAAUUCAUACAGGUGAAAAGCCUUAUGAAUGCAGUGCAUGUGGGAAAGGGUUUAUGUCCAAGUCAAAACUCACUGUACAUCAGAGAACUCACACAGGUGAAAAACCAUAUGAGUGUACGAAAGCUUUCAGCACCAAGUCACAGCUCACUGUGCAUCAUAGAACUCACACAGGUGUAAAGCCGUAUGAUUGUACUGAAUGUGGGAAGACAUUUAUUACCAAGUCUAAUCUUAAUAAACAUCAGAGAACUCACACAGAUGAGAAGUCAUAUCAAUAAUUUGAAUGCAAUAAAGGUUUCAUCUACAAGCCACGUCUCAAUGUACAUCAGAGAACUCACACAGUUCAGAAACCUUAUGAAUGUAAUGAAUGUGGAAAAGCUUACAUCACCAAAUCACAUCUUACUGUGCAUUAUCGAACACACACAGGUGAUAAGCCAUAUAAAUGUAGUGAAUGUUGGAAAGCUUUUAUCACCAGGCCACAACUCACUAAGCAUCAGAGAACUCACACAGGUGAGAAGCCAUAUGAAUGUAAUGGAUGUGGGAAAGCCUUCAUGUUCAAGUCAAACCUCACUGUGCAUCAGAGGACCCACACAGGAGAGAAACCAUAUGAAUGUACUGAAUGUGGGAAAGCCUUCAUCUCCAAAUCAAAUCUCAUUACACAUCAGAAAAUUCACACAGGUGAGAAGCCAUAUGAAUGUACUGAAUGUGGAAAAGCCUUUGUCUCUAAGUCAAAACUCAAUAAGCAUCGGAGAACUCACACAGGUGAAAAGCCAUACAAAUGUACUGAAUGUGGGAAAGCUUUCAUGUCCAUAUCAAAUCUCACCAUACAUCGGAGAAUUCACACAGGUGAAAAGCCAUAUGAAUGUACUGAAUGUGGGAAAGCUCUCAUCUCCAAGUCACAUCUCUCUUAUCAUAGGAGAGCUCACACAGGUGAGAAGCCAUACAAAUGUACUAAAUGUGGGAAAGGCUUCAUCCUCAAGUCAAAUCUCAUGAAGCAUCAGAGAAUCCACACAGGUGAGAAGCCAUAUGAAUGUAUUGAAUGUGGGAAAGCCUUCACCUGCAACUCACAGCUCACUAUACAUAAACGAACUCACACAGGUGAGAAGCCAUAUCAAUGUUAUGAAUGUGGUAAAGCUUACCUUAUAAAGUCAGAUCUUAAGAAACAUCAGAGAACUCAUACAGGUGAGAAACCAUAUGAAUGUACUAAAUGUGGUAAGUGCUUUAUCGCCAAGACACAUCUCACUCUGCAUCAAAGAACUCAUACAGGUGAGAAACCAUAUGAAUGUACUAAAUGUGGUAAGCACUUUACCUCCAAGACACAUCUCACUCUGCAUCAAAGGACUCACACACGUGAAAAGCCAUAUGAGCGUACUGAAUGUGGGAGAGCUUGUCUUACCAAGUCAGAUCUUAAUAAUCAUCGGAGAAUUCAUACAGUUCAGAAGCCAUACGAAUGUAAUGAAUGUGGGAAAACUUUUGUUACUAAGACAAACUUUAAUAAACAUCAGAGAACACACAGAUGAGAAUCUAUGAAUAUACUGUGUGGGAAAACUUUCAUCUUCAAAUCACAGCUCACUAUGCAUUGGAGAGCUCACAUAGCAAAUAAACCAUGUUAAUAUAAUAAAUGUGGAAAUACAUUCCUCUCCUGGGGAUUAUUGAUGUAAUGUGAGAAAGUUUUCUGCCAGAAGUCACAACUCAGUGUGCGUCUUAGGUGAAAAGCCACAUGAAUAUACUAAAGUGAGAAAGCUUUUUUACUGAAGUCAUAAGUCACAAAUUAUAAGAGCUCACAAAGAUUAAAAGCCAGUUGAGUAUAAUAAAUUUGAGAAAGGUUUCUUGUGGAAUUCUACAUCAGAGAAUACACAUAGGAGAGAGAUAUCAUAUGAAUGUAAAUGUGGAAAUACAUUCAUGUCCCAGUCAUAGGUCACUGUGCAUCAGCAAAUUCACACAAGUUGGGCACCAUAUAAAUGUAAUAAAUGUGUAAAAGCUGUUGUUCACAACCUACUAUGUAUGAGACAAUUCAUACAACUUAGAACUCAUAUGAACAUAAUGAAUGUUGAAAACCUGCAGAUAAUAUUCAUGAAUCUGAAAAAAGAUACAAUUUAUUCUUUUUAAGUCAUAGUCUAGUGAAUUUCUGAAAACAUGUAGAUUUUCUUCUUUUGUAAUUGGUUUGGGGGAAGUAUAUGUAUUUAUUGGAGAAUUUGCAUUUGAGGAUCCAUGCAGUGAUCUAACCAAAGCGUAAUGACAAUUGCAUUGUUUGAAAAAGCUAAAAGCAGAAUAAAGUGUUGUAUACAAGAAAUUUUGACAGUAAUAUUUUGUGUGAUGACCACUUUCUGUGUUGUGAACAGUUCCUGACAACUCGAAGAGUGUUGAAUUUAAAAGUAAUCAUCUUUUUUUGUCCAGAAGAGGAAAUUUGAGAAGUUUUGAAUUGCAAAACAUAGAAGCAUAAUUUGCUGCAAACUACAACUCUUUAAGAUAUUUCCAUCUUUGAGAUGGGAAUCCUGAUAUGUAUUAGAACAGUAUGAGUAGUUCUGGUCAGUCUUAAAAGAGAGGUCAAUAAUAACAAUACUAAAAGGUAUUACUGUUUUGCUUUGGUCACUCACUUUGUUGCUUUUGGAAAUAGAACAAAGACAGCAAAAAUGGGUCAGGAAGUACACAAAGGUUUAACAUUGCCACUUUGCAAUUAAGGGAAGUCUUGAAGUUUUUGAGUGGAAACCCUAAGAUGCUGAAUAUGGAGCUCUGAAGAUGCAAGCUAUUUCAGUGAAAGUGCUUGGAUUUUCUGGGAAUUUCUACCAAGGAAUCCUGCCCAUGCUGGGAUAGUUUGAUUUCCCCAUAAAGCUAGCAUUCAGGGCUGGAGGGAUUAAAUUGGUCAUCAGGUGAUUUUUUUUUUUUGCUCAGCUUCGCAAGGUAAAGCUUCAAGGUUUGAAAUUUGUCCUGUGUGUUCCUCCAAUUAUAUUAUUUCAGUUUUUCCUUGCUACAGCUUUUUGCAGUGGAAAUGUUUGCUCUGUGUUAUUAUGUUUCAGAAAUAUGUAACUGUACUUGAGUUAACAAGGCUCAAAAUUAAUAGGCAUUCUGGUGUCUCAGUUCAGAUGUUGAACUUUUGAGCUGCAUUAUAUUUGCUAAAGACUAUGGAGAUUUUUACAUCAGACUGAAUACAUAUGUAAUCAUAAAAUGAUCAUGGGUUUAUGUGGGCAAGGGAAAAAAUUUGGAUGUUUGAAUGCAAAGUUUCUCCUCUAGCCUCAUGUUUUUGUUCAAUUCAGCCUGACCUGGGAUUCACUAUGUAGUCUCAGGCUGGUCCCUAACUCACAAUGAUCUGUUCUACCUCUGCCUCUUGAAUGCUGGAAUUAAAGGCAUGUGCCAA